CAGAGGUGGACGUGGUGGUGGAUGUUUCAGAGGUGGACGUGGUGGUGGAUGGUUCAUAGGUUGACGUGAUGGUGGAUGUUUCAGAGGUGGACGUGGUGGUGGAUGUUUCAGAGGUGGACGUGGUGUGGAUGGUUUAUAUGUUGACGUGGUGGUGGAUGGUUCAUGGGUCGACGUGAUGGUGGAUGGUUCACAGGUUGACGUGGUGGUGGAUGUUUCAGAGGUGGACGUGGUGGUGGAUGGUUCAUGGGUUGACGUGAUGGUGGAUGUUUCAGAGGUGGACGUGGUGGUGGAUGUUUCAGAGGUGGACGUGGUGGUGGAUGUUUCAGAGGUGGACGUGGUGGUGGAUAUUUCAGAGGUGGACAUGGUGGUGGAUGGUUCAGAGGCUGACGUGGUGGUGGAUGUUUCAGAGGUGGACGUGGUGGUGGAUGGUUUAUAGGUGGACGUGGUGGUGGA